AUGAGGGGCUUGUUGCGGCCGGCGCUGAGGGCGGGAUGGCGCGGCUCGCUCUCGGCCCCGCCGCGUCGGGCUCUGCCCGCCUCUCCGCCUCCUCCGCCCGCGGCCGCCUCGGGGGCGCUGAGCCCCUUCGACCGGCGGCUGAAGCGGAAGCAGAAGAACUGGGCGGCGCUGCAGGCCGAGCCCGCCAAGUGCGAUUACCUGCGGGAGGAGGUCGGCGGCAGGAUCGCGGACAGGGUGUUUGACAUCACCAGAACGUUUCCUCUGGCUUUGGAUGUUGGCUCUGGACGAGGUUAUAUAGCGCAGCAUUUAAACAAGGAAACAGUUGAAAAACUUAUUCAAGUUGACGUGGCAGAGAAUGCCUUGAAAAACGCUGUAGAAACUGAAAUCCCCACGGUCAAGGUUGUAGCUGAUGAGGAAUUCCUUCCGUUCAAAGAAAACACAUUUGACCUUGUUGUUAGCAGCUUAAGUUUGCAUUGGGUGAAUGACCUUCCUAAAGCUUUUAAAGAGAUCCACCAGGUUCUCAAGCCGGAUGGGGUGUUCAUUGGAGCCAUGUUUGGGGGGGACACCCUGUACGAGCUGCGCUGCUCUUUGCAGCUGGCAGAGCUGGAGAGGGAAGGGGGGUUUUCCCCCCACGUGUCGCCCUUCACUGCUGUGGCUGAUCUGGGACAUCUGCUGUCCAGAGCCGGCUUCAACACCCUGACUGUGGAUACUGAUGAAAUCCAGGUCAACUACCCAGGAUUGUUCGAGGUCAUGGAAGACUUGCAAGGUAUGGGGGAGAGUAAUUGCUCUUGGAAUAGAAAACCUCUGCUGCACAGGGACACAAUGCUGGCAGCUGCUGCAAUUUACCGAGGUCAGUGUUUGAGAGAAAUGUAUGGAAAUACUGAUGGCUCAGUUCCUGCCACCUUUCAGAUCUACUACAUGAUUGGCUGGAAAUACCACGAAUCACAGGCAAAACCAGCCCAGAGAGGUUCUGCAACAGUUUCCUUUGGAGAUCUGGCAAAAAUAGAAGGACUUCUUUCCAGAGGCAAAAAAUAGUUGUCCACCAGAAACAAUGAUUAUCUAGAAGCUUCUAUAAAACUUCUCAUUGCAGAUGGUUU